GUCAGUUUGUCGUUAUUGUUCUUUGAGUUUUUUUUAAUUUUGCAUGAUGGAAUAUUUUAAGGUUAUUACAGUAGUCAUUACAUUAUUUGCUCCAAACAUAUGGGCUGGAAUAAUUGCAGGACAUCAUGGAGGAUAUGCUCCACAUGCAGUAGACUAUUAUUCUCAUCCAAAAUAUGCCUUUAAAUACGGAGUAUCCGACCCCCACACAGGCGACCACAAACAGCAGACGGAGACCCGCGACGGAGACGUCGUCAAAGGCCAGUACUCUCUGGUAGAACCCGAUGGUUCCGUGCGCACAGUCGACUACACGGCAGAUUCCGUAAACGGGUUCAACGCUGUCGUGUCGAAGAGCGCGCCAUCUGUCCACGCGGCACCAGCACCAGUGGUACCCAUAGCACCCGUACAACCUGUAGUGAAAGUGGUGCAGCCUGUCUACAAGCAGGUGGUUCCUGUACCACCGAUCGUGCAGAAGCAGUACGUGGCGGAACCUCUCUUCAAGUAUACAUCACCCAUUGGUUAUGAAAAGGGAGCUUACUAUGGCGAUUAUGACAACUACGCCUACCCAGAAAACUAUGACAUCUACGAUAAUGGACAAAUUGGACACGUUGGACAAGUCGGGCAGCAUUAUUAUUAAAUAAACUGGAAUUUGCUACCUCCAAG